GUUUAGAAUAGCCAGCGGAAGUUGACAAUUGUACGCACCACAUGUUGACACCACAACGAUGUUGACAUUUGAGACGUCGGGGAUAGACAAUAUUUUAUGAGGAUUUUUAAAUACCUCAAAACUUUAUCAAGUGACAAUUUGCAUUCCAAAGCUGAUUUUCAACAUGCAUGUUAGUGCCGGCCACCUGUCGUUUGUGCUUUCGUUAUUGCAGCUCGUGGUCGAAACAUCGUCUGCACAAGGAUCCGAGCAAUCGGGAUCGAGGACCCUUUCCCUAGAGAAAAGCAUUGUGUGGGGACCCGGACUGAAGACCAGAUUUUCUUUACCUGUCAGAUACUUUUUCGUUCAUGCUGUGGGUCAAUUCGGAGAGAACUUCACCCAUUCACUUGGAGAAAAAGCAUUUGAAGUCAAAGUUACUCAGGAAGAUGGUAGCCGAGCCCGAAUUUACGCCCAGGUGUUGGACCUGCAAGAUGGCAGCUAUGUCGUUCGAUUCCGACCAUUUGAAACUUAUAGCAGUCUUAGAAUUAACUUACUACAUGAUCAGAAUCAUGUGGCCAAAUCUCCUUACUACCUAAAAGGAAUGGUGUACCAUGAAGACUGUUAUUGUCCAAUGAGUAACAUAGAGAAAUGGUACACCACCCAUGAAUGCCCAGAUACAUAUGAACAGAUCGACAGAGAUCUGUCCAUAUUUAAAAAAAAACUCAACCUGAAGAAAGUAGCAUCAGAGGCCAUCAGUCGCUUCAACCAAAAAGGCAUGCAUAGUCUUACACACUACCGCAUCAUCAAUAACAAGGUUUAUAGGAAGACCUAUGGAGAACAUGUAGGAUUCAAAAUGUUUAGUGAUGCCAUUAUACUUUCACUUACAAGAAAGGUUGUCCUGCCUGACAUAGAGUUUUUUGUAAACCUUGGUGAUUGGCCUCUAGAGAAGAAGUCCCUGGCUGAGGACCCAAUUCCAGUAUUCUCUUGGUGUGGGUCAGAUGACUCCAAGGACAUCGUCAUGCCAACCUAUGAUCUCACAGAAGCAACACUCCAAAUGAUGUCCAGGGUAACCCUGGACACUCUAUCCGUCCAAGCAACCAAAGUAGCGUGGGAAAACAAGACAGAAAAAGCUUUCUGGAGAGGACGCGACAGUCGCCAGGAACGACUCGAUCUUGUUGUCAUGUCGAGAAAAGAACCACAACUAGUAGAUGCAGCACUAACUCAUAUGUUCUUCUUCAAGAAGGAACCUGAAAAAUAUGGGGAGCUUGUCAAGUCUACACCUUUCUUUGAUUUCUUUGAUUACAAGUAUCAAAUUAAUCUGGAUGGAACAGUAGCUGCAUACAGGUUUCCAUAUCUAAUGGGAGGUAACUCUGUAGUGCUCAAACAAGACUCCCCAUAUUACGAACAUUUCUACAAGAGCUUAGAGCCAAAUAAACAUUACAUUCCAUUCAAAAGGGACCUCAGUAAUCUCAGAGAAAAAAUAUUAUGGGCAAAGAGCCAUGAUGAGGAGGCAAAGAAAAUUUCUAGAAAUGCUCAACAAUUUGUGAAAGAAAAUUUACUACCAAAAGAUGUCUUCUGUUAUCAUGUCAAAUUAUUUGAUAAAUUUUCCGAGCGUUUGCUGUCAAGGCCUGAGAAGCCAGAUGAUUCCUGGGACCUCGUAGAACAGCCAAGUGAUGAGUCCAAAUGUGACUGUAAACGGUUAAAAAAGAUGAAGAAACAUGACGAACUGUGAUAUUCAUUGUAUAUGUGUGUGAAAGAAAACGUGGAAGCAGAGUUUACAGACUUAGGGCAGCAUGUUGGGAGAAUUUCACCAGACAUCAUUACAUUAUCCAGCUGGUCUGAUUACAUUAUAUCCAUUCUGUCCUCUUGCUUGUGUUUGAUUUAUUAAUUACAGCCUCUUAGUAUUUGUUCAUCAUUAUCUUUUUUUCAUUGAGAAAAGAUAUGUGAUUUCUUCAAAAGCAGUUACAAUGUGUACAUGAAUGGUUUUUACAUUUCCUUUUAUGGGAAAGAUUUAAUUAUUUACAGAGAUGCAGGUAUUGAUUACAGAGCUUUGUCUUGUGUGUGAGGCUCAGUAUUUUUUGCAGGGAUAAAUGUGUUUGUACGAGAUUUAUGUACAAUAGAGAGUUUGUGUGUUAGUCUUGUUUUAGAGUUAGUAUUAUGCAUUGCUUUCCUAUCAAGUAUUAUGGUCACAAUGGCUGUAACCCCGCUUUUUUUUCUUAUAGUUUCUUUUUCUAUUAUUUUUGAACUUUGAUUCUAUCAUAAAAUUAUUCAUGCUACCUGACAUUUUUGGAAAUCCUGUUUUCUAUAUUUUGAAAUUGUUUUAUACAAUUUUUAGGAUAUUUUUUUUUUUAAUGUGAUCAGGGACACAAUUAAAUGUUGAGUCACAUAAUGGAUUCCAUGCCAAUGAUGUAGUGCCAUGGAGCAAACACUAUCAGUUUAAAUACCGGUACCUGCAUGUAUAAACAUUCUCCUUAAUCUUGCUUGUCUGAAAAAGAUAUGUUACAGUAUUUUAAUUUGUAGUAUU